UAACAGACGUUUCACUGAAGGUUCGAAGUACAAGACAUAACCUGAUACAGAUAACUCACACUUAAGUUACACUUUAAUGAUAAUCUUCACCACUGACAGGAAGACCCAACUGAGACAUUACCACCUAAUCCCUACAGUUUACUAAAUAGGUGCGGUUUGAAUGAUAACAGCCACACUCAUGGGAGAGAUCACAUACCCCUUCAAUUCCCAGAGGAUUAGUUUAAUCACACAUUCACAUCUUUAUUGCAGUGACAGUCUGUGAGAAGCCCAGCCGAGUUUCUGACCUGAUUUAUACAACCAGGGUCCAAAGGCUGCACAUAAAUUCAUUACAACACACUGUUUGACUCUGGAAUCUACAGCAAGGUCAUUCAUAAAAACUAUUGUUUGACAUCAAUAUGUGAAUGACUUCCAAUGAUAUAAAAUAGUCUCUAAGUCUUAGCUGAACAUGACUGGAAUUGAUUGGAUUGAUAGGACUGUGUUGCAUCGAAUAGACCAACAUGGCCAAGAAGACUCCUCCUCGAUGACGAGACUGAUAUGCACCCCCUGCGUGACUGAUCACUUUGUCUUACUCCUCCUUUCUCAAUUAAAGGAGGAGUUCAAGACAAGCUCCAUGGUAAACUGAGUGAGGAAUUAAUGAAGAUCAUUGAUAAAAGGAUUGUUGGGGAAGAGGAAAGCUGCAAAUUUGGAGAUGCUGAGAAAGGGAGAGUGGGUGUGGGUGGACUCAGGCAUCGGGGUGCCCAUUGGAGCCAGGGUCAAAGUAACACCAUCUGGUCAGCGGUUUCUGGUGGACGAUGAGGGAAAGGAGCAGAGUCUGUCCCCGGAGCAGGAAGCCUCUCUCAAGAUCAUGCACCCUACAUCAGUGGAAGGGGUGGAUGACAUGAUCAAACUGGGAGACAUGACAGAGGCCGGCCUCCUCCGAAACCUGCUGCUCCGACACAAACAAGGAAAAAUCUACACCUACACAGGCUCAGUGUUGGUGGCAGUGAACCCAUACCAGGAUUUUCCCCUAUAUUCAGGCGACCAGGUGAAGUUGUAUCAUGGUCGAAAGCUUGGGGAACUCCCUCCACACAUCUUUGCCAUAGCUGAAUCCUGCCACUCUAACAUGACGCGCAACCUCAGGAACCAGUGCUGCAUCAUCAGUGGGGAGUCAGGAGCGGGGAAGACGGAGAGCACCAAGCUGAUCUUGCAGUACUUAGCAGCAGUCAGUGGUGAGCUCUCUGAACAGCGGAUCGAACAGCAGAUCCUGGAGUCUAACCCAAUACUAGAAGCUUUUGGAAACGCUAAAACAAUCCGCAAUGACAAUUCCAGUCGCUUUGGGAAAUAUUUGGAGAUCUUCUUCAAUAAGGACGGAGUGAUUGAAGGUGCUCGGGUGGAGCAGUACCUUCUGGAGAAGUCUCGUGUCUGCCAUCAGGCCCCAGAGGAGAGAAACUACCACAUGUUUUACUGCAUGCUGGCAGGAAUUACAGCAGAGGAGAAGAAAACUCUGAGCCUCAAAGAUGCCAAAGAAUACAAGUUCCUCACCAAGGGUGACUGUAUCAAGUGUGAAGUCAGGGACGAUGCCAAAGACUACAACCGUAUUCGUUCUGCUAUGAAAAUCCUGACCUUCUCAGAAAGCCAUUGUCAGGAAAUCUUCAAGCUGCUGGCAGCCAUAUUACACCUGGGAAACAUCUGCUUCGAGGCCAACACACAAAAUAACUUGGACACCAGUGAUGUCAGCAAGUCAGAAAACUUCAGCAUCGCAGCGUCACUACUGGAGGUACAGAAGUCCUCUCUGGCGAACAGUUUGACCCAUCGUUCCUUCAUGACCAACAGAGAGUUGGUGACCAAACACCUCAGCUCCGAACAGGCAGCUGACUGUAGAGACGCCCUCGUCAAGGCGAUCUACAACAAGCUGUUCAUAUGGAUCGUUCAAAAAAUCAACCACGUCACCUAUAAGAAGCUGAACAAGAACCCCAAAUCCACCUUCCUGUCCAUCGGUCUGCUCGACAUAUUUGGCUUUGAGAACUUCCAAACAAACAGUUUUGAGCAGCUGUGCAUAAACUUUGCCAACGAGAAGCUGCAGCAGUUCUUCGUGGGCCACAUCUUCAAGCUGGAGCAGGAGGAAUAUCUGAAAGAGGACAUCUUGUGGAAUAACCUCAAAUUUAAUGACAACCAGAAUGUCCUGGACCUUCUGGCGGGGAAACCCUGUAACCUGCUGGCUCUGAUUGAUGAGGAGAGCCAAUUCCCAAAGGGCACGGACUCCACUUUGCUGAGCAAGAUGAAUCAGCAACACAGCGGAAACAAGACCUACAUCGCCUCAAAGAGUGAACAUGAAACAGACUUUGGGAUUCACCACUUUGCAGGCGUGGUUCACUACGACUCCACAGGGUUCCUGGAGAAGAACAAAGACGCUGUCAGUUCUGACCUAAUCAAGAUGGUUGAAAUGUCCACCAAUAAGCUGCUUCGUCAGAUAUUUGAGUCUGAGUUUUCAACAAAUGGAGUGAAGUUGACUAACAAGAAGAUCGUCAUUACACCCAAGAGCUCUCUACGGGCCCAGACUGAAAAACGGAAACAAGUGCCGACGCUGAGCGGUCAGUUCCGUCAGUCUCUGGACUCCCUCAUGAAGACUCUGUCCUUCAGCCAGCCCUACUUUAUCCGCUGCUUCAAACCCAACAAUGACAAGCGGAGUGAGGUGUUUGACAGAGAGCUGUGUAUGCGUCAGCUGAAAUACUCUGGCAUGAUGGACACCAUCCGUAUCCGGAAUCUGGGAUAUCCCAUUCGCCACACCUUUGAGGAAUUCUUGAUGCGCUACAGGGUGCUCCUGAGGACGACUGUCUGUGACCCCAAAACUGCGAAAACUGUUGCGUGUUGUGAAGCCAUCUGCAAUUUAGUGAUUGAAGGAGAGGACAAGUGGAAAAUAGGCAAGACCAAGAUUUUCCUGAAGGAUGCCCAUGAUGCUCUCCUGGAACGACUGAGGGAACAAGAACUCAGCAGGGUAGCUCUUGUGAUCCAGAGGGUCAUGAUGGGAUACAAAGACAGAAAGUCUUUUGUGCAGAAGCGGAGGGCAGCUGUGGUGUUGCAGAAGCGCUGGAGAGCUUACAGGGAGGAGAAAGUGCAAAGAAAGAUCCGUGGUGGCUUUGAACGGCUGGUGUCUAAGAUCCGUAGUCGAAGGCUCCGGUUACAGUACCUAAGACAGCGAGCAGCAGCUCUCACCAUACAGACCCAGGUAAGAGGCUACAAGGCGAGGAAGGACUGGAAGCAAAAGAGAGAGGCAGUCAUACUGCUGCAGGCUUACACCAGAGGAUUCCUGGCCAGAAGAUUAACUGACAGGAUAAAGAGCGAUGAGCAAAUGGCCCUGGACCUUAAGCAGCAACUGGAAGAUGUUAUUGCCCAGUCAGAGCAAGCUAUCAAGGAGUCUGAGUCAAUCAGUGAACAGGACAUGGGGGAUAACGCGUUUGGUCUCCGGUCUAUAACUGCUGUGGAAAUGGUGGAACAAAAAGCCUCAGAAUCAGAUGAAUCUGAGAUGGGGCAGAACAUGCCAGAGUCGAUGGAGGAAAUCUCUGGCGAGACCUCAGAGCCGGAGUCAGAAAUCAACCUCCUAGCCCCGUCCCCAUCCCCACCCCCGUCCCCGUCCCCGUCCCCGCCCCCAUCCCCGUCCCUGUCUCCAUCCCCAGACCCAGACCCAGCCCCAGCCCUAGCCCUGGCUCUGGCCAGGGCCCGGGCUCCAGCCCCAGCCCCAGGCCCAGCCUCAGCCCUGACUCCGGCCCGGGCCCGGGCUCCAGCCCCAGCCCCAGGCCCAGCCCCAGGCCCAGCCCAAGCCCUAGGCUCAGACUCAGCCCUGACCUCAACCGCAACAACCCCAACCCCAUCACUGGACGAGGAUGAUGAUGAGUUUGAUGACGGCAGUGACGAGUGUUCGUUCUAUAGGUUCAGUAUCCUUCACUUCCAGAGCAACACUAGCCACACGCACAUCAACCAGAGACUCAAGCUGUCUCUUCUGCCCCAUGACGAUGAGGGGGACGCACUGGCGUGUCUGACCAUCUGGUGGAUUAUACUGCGCUUCAUGGAGGACAUACCAGAACCAAAAUCUGUGGACUCAGUAUCUCAAGCAUCCAGCACCAUCUCCCGCCAGGUGCCUCAUAGGUACGGCAGGAGGCUGAGCAACCUGGUGGGACUCGACCAGAAAAUACUGAGGAAGAAGAAGAAGGACGGAAACAGAAGAGCUUCUACUAUUCCUGAGGAGCCAGAGGACCUAACAGAGGACCAGGACGUUUUGAUCGGAGAGGGUCCGACACUGGACCGGCCACUUUCAGCCCUGGAAAAACUGCACAUUAUCGUUGGAUACGCUCUAUCAAGACGAGGGAUAAGGGAUGAGAUUUACUGUCAGAUCUGCAAGCAGCUGGUGAAUAAUAAGAGCAGAAAAAGCGUCAUGCUAGGCUGGACCCUUCUCUCCCUCUGUCUUGGGAUCUUCCCCCCAACAGACUUCUUGAUGAAGUAUUUGGAGGCCUUCGUCCGCAGAGGCCCUAGUGGCUAUGGAGAAUAUUGCACUGAACGCCUGCGUCGUAUCAUAGCUAAUGGAGAGAGAAAUGAGCUGCCCUGUUGGAUUGAGAUGCAGGCUGCCAAGACAAAGGAGCCCAUAGACGUGUCUAUGACUCUGAUGGAUGACCAUACUAUUAGUCUGCCCCUGGACUCUGCCUCCACCUCUGCUGAAGUCUGCCAAGCUGUGGCUGACAAGAUUAAUCUUCAAGAUACAUAUGGAUUCUCCCUCUACAUCAGCCUCUUUGAUAAGAUGUGGUCUCUGGGCAGCUGUGGGAAGCAUGUGUUGGAUGCGGUGUCUCAGUGCGAGCAGGAGAUGAGGAGACAGGGCAAGGAUGAGAAGAACACCCCAUGGAAGCUCUCCAUCCGCAAGGAAAUGUUCACACCCUGGCAUGACUGCUCAGUGGACCCAAUCAGCACAGAUCUAAUCUACAGGCAGGUCAUCAAGGGUAUCAAGUUGGGAGAGUACACCAGUGAAAAGGAGGAUGACUAUGUCCAGCUGGCAGCAAAGCACUAUUACAUCAAGUUUGGCUCUGCAUACAACAAAGAGAACGUCCAGAAGGUGGUUGAGGAGUGCAUCGCCACGCCACUAAUUGAGAAAAAAUCUAUGGGAAAAUGGAUCCAACUCAUCAGCUCAGCGCACUUACAGGGUCCUUACAUCAAUGGGACAACGAGCAAAGAGAGUGUAAAAGGAGAAAUAGUCGACAUCACCAGAGAGAAAUGGCCCCUCGACUUCUCCAGGUUUUAUGAGGUUACAAUGCUAUCAGGACCUCCUUUGCCCAAAAACAGGUUUGUUGCGGCUGUAAACACAACUGGCAUCUUCUUCAUGGAAGGAAGAGACAGGAGACUCCUUGAGCUUCCUUACGUAGAGGUAAAGGAAGUCCACAGCGUGAGUGACUCCACUGCCCAUUCUGUGAGUUUGGCCACAGUCCGCGGAGAUUUUGUCCUGAAGUGUGAUGAAGCUGUUCAUAUGGCUGCACUUAUAGAGAAAAACCUUGAUGGGCUGAGAGAGCGCUCAGUGUUUGCGCUGGUGCAGCAGGACACCAAUAAACCAGAUGACCCCAUGUUCGUGGUUUGUAAGCGAGGGGACCUGUUGCUGGUAGAGAAAGAUGAGGAAUGUUCCCCUGAUGAGAGCUGGCUCAAAGUAACUAACCAGCGGACCAGUAGCAGCGGUGCUGUCUAUAAGGACACAGUGCAGUUUCUGCCGACUCUCACCAGGCCCAAUGACGAAACGCUGGAUCUGCUCAGUGUGGGUCAAAAGAAACCUGCCGCACAUAACGCCCCACAGAGAGACGAAACAGUGGCUCCAGUCUCUUUAAAAGAGUUUGCACUUGAGAACUUCAGGCCUCCAGGUAAAGAAGUGGGUAAGCUCGGUGCAUCCAAAGGGAUCGGCAGGGAGAAGCUGUGGGCUUGUUCCAGAGAACCUAUCAAACAGCCGCUGAUGAGGAGCCUGUUACGCAACUCUGACCUUAGCUCCAUGGCCUGCAACGCCUUCACUGCUAUCAUGAAGUACAUGGGCGAUUACCCCAUCAAAAAUGUUCGCAGUCCUAUAGAGCUGACUGACCAGAUCUUCGGUCCAGCCACCUUACAUGAAGUUCUGCAGGAUGAGAUCUAUUGCCAGAUUAUGAGACAGAUGAGCAGCAACAGUAACAGGUUGAGCAUGGAGCGCGGGUGGCAGCUGCUGUGGCUGUGUUCAGGCUUGUUCCCGCCCAGUCCGAAUUUGAUGAUACACGCUAAGCGUUUCCUGCAGUCACGGCCCAGAGACACGCUGUCUGCUGGCUGUCUGCAAAGGCUGCAGGAUAUGGUCAGUAAGGAACCCAGGAAGCUUCCUCCCCAUCAGGCAGAAGUGGAUGCCAUCCAACAGAACAGCACUCAGAUCUUCCAUAAAAUCCACCUCCCAAAUGACUCGAAUGAUAUAUACGAGGUGACAUCGACAACCACAAUUAAAGAUCUGUGCUGCACUAUUGCCUCCGAGCUCAGACUGAGCUCAGCCGAUGGAUACGGCCUCUACCUGAAAACGCCAAACAAGGUCCAGAGUUUGGAGGAUGAGAAAUAUUUCUUCGACAGUUUAAGGCAGACUUCCGACACUCCAAAGAAAGCAAAAAAAGUGAAAGAUGUCAACGCAGCCAACAUGAACUACCUGGUGAUCAUGAAGAGGAAGCUCUGGUUCAAUGUGAGCCCGGGGAAAGACCUGGUUGCAGACCUGACCUUCCAUUUCCCACAGGAACUGCCUAGGUACCUGCGGGGAUACCACAAUUGCACCAAAGAGGACAUGAUCACCCUGGGUGGGCUGCUCUUCAGAGCUGAAGUGGAUUCGGACAGGACACAGUUUGUCAUGAUCCCCAAGAUGCUGAGGGAUCUUGUUCCUGCUGACCAGAUAAAAAUCAUGUCCUCUGAAGAGUGGAAGAAGAACAUCAUCUCCUCCUACAACAAGCAGAGUGGCAUGACGGUGCAGGAGGCCAAAAUCGCCUUCCUGCAAGCCAUCUCAAGCUGGCCAACCUUCGGCUGCUCCUUCUUUGAAGUUAAACAAACGUGUGAAUCUAGCUACCCAACGAUAGUUUUGAUUAUCAUCAGCAAGCAAGGUGUCAGCUUAACAGACCCAAAGACAAAGGAGGUGCUGGUCAUGCACCCGUUCAGCCGCAUCACAGACUACUGCAGCGAAGGCAACUUCUUCGAGAUGACCAUCGGCACCUUAAUUAGGGGCUACACCUUCGUCUGUGAAACCUCACAGGCUUUCACAAUGGAGGACCUUCUUAGAUCGUACGUCAGCAUGUAUGAGAGACAGAGGACGACCUUUCGACCAAGAAACCACAUGUUCUCCUGAAGCUUCAAGGGAAAAAGGAUAGACUGAACUGCUGUAAUUAAUAUCUCAUGAUCAAUGUCUUUACAUCAACAUAGCUGUGUGCAAAUGUAUCCAUAACACUAACCCUAACUCUGUUCACUACGUUCCCUUUAUUCUUUCCAUUUUCUUAUUUUGCAUUAUUAUAAUUCAUUAAUUCCUGGGAGUUAUUUUUUCCUUUAUCUAACCGUAACAAGAAGGUUGCAUAUUGUCAUGUUUCAUCGUCUUAAUCACAAUGACAUUAAACUUAAACAUGUCCAUCCGAGUCAUUUAUCUUGAGAUAUUUAACAGUGAUUUAUUAUUCACAGGAGCUGACACAUUUUACUAUUGCCUAAUUAUUGUGUCAUUAAGCUACAUUAAGCCCUUGUUUUUGCCUUAAUUUUGUUAUAUAUUUUAAUAUACUGAUUUUACUAUAACUGAUUUUUAUUACACAUUUCAAGUCUCAUAGUUUUCAUCUUGUAAAAAAAAUCUAAAUUGAUCCCCUGAUUUAUAACAUAAAACACGACUGUAUUCCAUUUAGCUGUGCCAGUUCCAGGCACUGGUGCAAGCUUGCUGGCUUACUGGGACACCAAAAUGGAAUGGAGAUGUAAUUAAUUUGAUUAGUUACACCUGUGCUUUGCCCGCUAUGACAAGUCAAACUGUCUGCUGUGCAAAGGACUUUUAAAGGUGUGUUGAUAGUGGAUAUGAAAAUAGUAAAACAUUAAGGAUUACAUAUUCUUUGAGGCAUGGGAAAAUUUACAGGUAACAUUUAAUUAACUACUGUAUAUAUCAUACAUAUGUUUUGGUAUGGUGCAUUCCUGCAAGGGUGAGGUUCAAUUUCCCAAUUUUUAUCCCAAAUUUUUUGGGGUUGGGAUAUAUAUUUAUUUAAAAUCCAGAACUGCAGACUUUAGUGCUUCUUGGAAAUGACAAAAUCAUUUUCUAACUACUGCAACAUAAAGUUUAAAAGAGUGUAACAGAAAGCAUUGUCUACUUUUUUUUGUUGAAAGUGUUACAUCUCUAAAGCUUGAUGUGUUGGAGUGGAGUGUUGAUUUGUGAUUUAUUCUUACAAAAAAAAUAAAACUGUGUGUUCAA